AUGAGUGCUAUCAACGAGGUCCCGAAUCCGCCAAGCGAUGCGAUCUCGAGCGUGCGCUUCUCCCCCGACGGCGCCUCGCUACUCGUCAGCGCAUGGGACAGCAAGAUCCAAGUCUACCACCGCAGCGACGAAGGAUACAAGCACAGCGCCUCGAUCCAGUGCGAUGCGCCCAUCCUCGACGUGUGCUGGGGCGCGGACUCGUCGACAUUCUUCGCAGUGGGUAUUGACUAUGACGUCGCAAAGUACAAUGUUCAUGAGGGACAAGACAGCAAGGUCGUCAUGAGCAGCCACGACCAAGCCGCCAACAAGGUCGCAUACAGCAAAGAGCACGAUAUUGUCAUUUCCACGAGCUGGGAUGAGACGAUGCACAUACACAGGCCAAGCGACAACGCAUUCGUGCCUGUCAAGCUCGCCGCAAAACCUUUCGCCAUAUCUCUCACUGCGGAUCGUCUGGUUGUGGCUAUGGCUGAGCGCCACGUCCACGUCUACGACCUCGCCGCUCUGCGCGACCUCAUCCCACAAGCUGGCAGUACCGAAGCCAUGCGAGAACCUCUUGUGGUCGAGCCCUGGCAGCAGCGACUGAGCAACCUGAAGUUCAUGACCCGCGACAUCGCCUGCAUGCCCGACGGAACGGGAUUCUCGACCGGCAGCAUAGAGGGGAGAGUCAGCGUGGAGUUCUUCGAUCCGGCUCUGGAGAAAGAGGCGUACGCUUUCAAAUGUCACAGGGUGAAGGUGGACGAGGUGGAUGAGGAUGGAGAGGAGAUUUCCGAGAUCAUACAUCCAGUCAACACAAUCGCAUAUCACCCUGUGCAUGGCACGUUUGCGACAGGUGGCGGAGACGGCGUGGUGGCUUUGUGGGAUGCGAAGACGAAGAGAAGGAUCAGGCAAUACCCUAAGUUGGAUGCGAGUGUCGCGGCUUUGGACUUCAGCAGCGAUGGCACUCGCCUUGCCGUUGCCAUGUCGCCGGGCUUUGAGGAAGGCAAAGAGGAAGAAGAGGCUGACCCUAGUCUUGUCAAGGUGUAUGUGAGAGAGCUUGCCGAGAGCGAGACGAAGGGCAAGCCGGCCAAGGAGAAAUGA